AUGGAUUUUCAUCAUAAAAAUAAUGAGCGGAAUAAUAAGCAUGUGAAUGAAAAAUAAAAUUAUGAUCGAAAUGAAAAGUAUAAUGAUCGAAAUAAUGAUCGAAACAAUGAAAGAAAUAAUGAAAGAAAUAAUGAUAGAAAUGAUAGAUAUGAUAAUAAAAAUGAUAGAAAAAGAAAGGAUCGCCAUUAAAAGAGAAAGAAUAGGAAAUACUCAUCAUCAAGCAUAUCUAGACCAUCAUCUUCAGUUUCAGUUUCUGUUUCUUAAUCAGAAUCAUCAUCAAGUUCUGAAAAAAUACCUCGUUAUAGGCCUAAAAAUCAUGAUAAUAUGGUAUUAUUAUUGGAGAAUUUACCAGAAGAUUUAACAAAGUAAUAAUUGGAUUGUGCUUUUAAUGAAGCAGCAAUGGAAGCAAAUGUAAUUCCUCAUGAAGAAAUUUCUAUAAUAAAUGCAUUUGGGUAAGCCUAUAUAAAAUAUUGUACAGUGGAUUAUGCAAGAAAAGUUUUAAUAUAUUUAAAAGGUAAAAUUUAAAUAGGAGAACAUACUCUUAAUGUAGAUUUUUAUGAUGAUACUAGUGGUAGAUAGAGAAGAGUAAUGAAUAUAAUAAUAAUAAUUAGAAUAGACAUGAAUUAAAAAAUAGCUUAAUUAAUUAGCCUCCUACAAGUUAUGAUUGGAUAUGUGAUAAAUGUGGUUAUGAAAAUUUUGCAAAAAGACACAAAUGCAAUAAAUGUUUAAAUCCAAGAAAUAUUAAUUGUAAAAUAUUAAGUGUCAUGAUGGCUCCUCCUACUGGAUUUACAGAUGAUUCAAUAUGUAACACUAGUCUUAUGAUAAAAGCAAAAGUAUUUAUUUCUUAUAUUUAAAUAAAGUCAAUAGCAGAUGCCACUGAUAGUGAUAUAUUAGAUAUCUUUUCUCCUUUGGCUGCUGUUAAAGAUAUAAGAUUAGUCAAAAACAAAGUACCCAAGGAUCCUAGAAUGAAAGAAUAAAAAGAUUUUGCCUUUGUUGAAUUCUUCAGUGUUGAAGAUGCAGAGAAUGUUUAUAGGCACGUUACUCAAAAUGAGGUCAGAUUACAUGGUGAUUAACUAAUAAUCUAGUAUUCAAGAAAUAAUAGAGCUUCAAGAUAUGAAGAUCAUUCGAAACCGUUUGGGUAAACUUUUAGUCUAAACUUAGAUUUUACCCAAAUAGCUAAUUUGUAAUAUAACCUUAAGGACCAUUAUAACAAUAAAUUCCAUCCUAAAUUUAAUCUCAGCUUUCCUCUUAAGCGAAUCAAUCAUCUUAAGCAUAAUAACCAUAAGAUAUCAUAUAACAACAAUAAUAACCAUAAAUGCAAAUUCCAUUGCCAAUAUAAAUGCCUAUGCCAAUACCUUCUCCGAUACCAAUUCAUUAAAUUUCUUAAAUUACACCAAUAUAACAUACUUAAUCGCCAUAAACAUAAUCAAUACCUUAAAUACCAAUUCAAAUGCCAGAAGUUUCAAUUGUUUAACCUAUAGUAUAAGCUCCAUAUCAAACUGCUUAAUUAGCUUAAGAGAGAAUUAUACUUAAAUAAGAAUAGAAACUUACUUUGUCUACUCCUCCAAUGAAUUUAAUGUCUCAACUUCCACCAAAAAUUUAUACACCAAAGCCAUAAUAAUAAUAACAAAAUCCUUAAUAAUCAUAAUAAUAAAAAAAAUAAUAAAAAAUAGAAGAAACAGAAGAGGAAGUCAAAUCUGAUAAAGAAGAUGAUUAGCCAUCUCCUCUUCCUACUAAAUCUAUUAAUAAAGUAUAACCUCAAUUAACUGAAGCAUAAAUUAGAAAAAAGGCAGAAUUAGAAUUAAAAAAAUGGGAAAAAUAAUAAUAGAUAAAAAAACCAGAAGUUAAAGUAACCCCUACAAAACCUAUCAUUAAUUAAGUUGAAGCCUAAACUAGGUUAAUUUUAUAUAUUUGCCCUAUAUGCAGAAAAAAAUUUCCAAACGAAGAAGUUAUGAAUUAUCACUCUCUAAAUUCUGAGAUGCAUAAGUAAAAAUUAUUAUAGAUGUGA